GAGCAUGGUGGACAACUCACUCACGGGCUCUCUUCCAGAGUCAUUCAGCAAGCUCGUUGUGCUGCAGUAUUUGGAUGUGAGCAACAACUUGAUAACACAGCCCCUCAAUGCCAUCAUAACCCUCGCUUCCCUCACCUACCUGAAUAUGAGUAGUAACCUCAUCAGCACACCACUGCCACCAGGAAUGAGCAACCUGCUAGCACUUGAGUACCUAGACUUGAUGAGCAACAGCCUGGACAAGGUGCAAGCUGUCUCCGCCCUCACCAACCUCAAAUUCCUGAGACUGGAAGAAUGCUGGAUAGAACCUGCACCUCUAACCAUAUUCUCCCCGUUGGUGGCAUUGCGUUACUUGAACCUGUUCAACAACUCGUUUGAAGGCUCUCUUGCUGCCCUCUCAACACUCACUCGCCUCCAACACCUGGACUUGGCGGACAAUUACAUAGGACCAAGCAUACCCUCCACUGUAUUGCGCCUCACAGGGCUCUCUUACCUCGAUCUCUCGCUCAAUAAUCUGAGGGGCCCCAUCGACCCCCUCACAUCCCUCACUGCACUGCAAGACCUGGUGUUAUACACCAACCCUCUAUCAGGCUCUUUUCCUGAGUCCAUCUCACGCCUGUCUCGCCUCACCUUUCUUGAGGUUGGCGCCACCAACUUCACAGGCACCCUUCCUGCAUCCCUUGGCCAAAUGACCGCUCUAAAAAAUCUGGGCUUGGAUCGCACAACAAUGGUGGGGUCGCUGCCAGCAUCCCUGGGCAACCUCACUCGUCUUACUGCGAUCUUGUUCGACCCGCUCAGUAAAACGUUGGGCCCCAGGUGUGGCAAGGAGGGCGCGUGCGUGGUGAAUCAAACUGCCUUCACGGCUUUCUGCAACGCCUGCCCUGACUUCUGUCUGACCUGCUCGCCCCCAGGCCUCUGCACUGGCUGCAAAGUGUCUGAACCUCAGCCAGAGCUACCCGCAGGAAUCAACAGCAACGGCAGCAGCAGCAGCAGCGGCAGCGGCGGAUUGUCGACGGGGGCAAUAAUUGGCAUCGUGUGUGGGGUGGUGGUGCUGCUGCUCGCACUGCUGCUCGCUGUCCUCUUCUUUCUCUACCGGAGGAGGAAGAAGGUCUCUCGCUUCGGUAAGCUCUCCCGUUUCAGUAAGGUGAGCGAGAUGGCAACGAAGCACCACCCCAACCUGGUGCGCCUGCUGGGCUACGCCACGUGUGGGGACCUGCGGGAGCGCAUCGAGCAGAUCCUCGUCUACGAGUUCAUCCCCAAUGGGGAUCUAGACAAGUGGCUCGGCAAAGACGCCCCCGCGCCCCUCACAUUGAAGCAGCGUCUGGACGUGAUAGUGGGAGCAGCGCACGGUUUCGGUAUCCUCAUGCUGGCAAUGCUCACGGGCAGGCAUGCCACGUUCGAGGAGGACAGCUGCUUAAGGAACAUCCUUGACUGGGUUCGGGAGAAGCUGGGCCAGGGGUCACUGGAGGAAAUCGCAGACCCCCGCAUGGGCCCCGUCCCUCCAGACGCCCUGCAGCGCAUGGCUGAUCUGGCAGUGCGGUGCUGUGGCACCUUCACUGCGGAACGCCCUUCCAUGGGCCGCAUUGCCCAGGAGAUGGAGGCGUUGCGGACUGAGGUGGGCGGUGGAGAGGAGCCGGUGCACAACAAGUCUUACAUGAAGGUGGAUGCCGAGCUGAGGGAGAAGAUGUUGUAUCAGAGUCAGAUUAGCGAGGACAAUUUGAACGAUGCCCUUGCCUCGAUUCCCUCGGAGAGAGUAGCACAAGGGACAUGGGGAGUAUGA